AUGAUGGUCGUGGCGGUGCUGACAUUGCACUUGCUGGAACUAAGACUAAGGCUUGGUCAAGGGGACAGCGCUCGCCCUCCAGAGCCGACAUACACCGCGCUCCCUCCAGAUAGAAUAUUGGCAGCUGAGGGAAAAUCGGCCAGUCCUGAGACCGCCCUUACAAAACUCAUGUAUACAACAGGGUAUACGAAACAUGCCUAUGAGGCAGAUACGGGACAGACCUACGAGGUAGAUGGUAAUCCGGUAACACAGGUGCAUGAGGCUGGUGGAUUGAACCGGCGCGAAUUAGCAGGACGUUGA